CAUUCACUUCGCCGCGCUCAAGGUCAGCUCUCUUCCUCCUUUACGACGUAUUCCACGAGAAUAACUAACAUGGUCGAUUGCAGGCUGUCGGCGAGUCUGGCGAGAUUCCUCUCGAAUACUACCGCGUCAACGUUGCCGGCACCGUUUCCCUCCUCCAGGCCAUGACGGAUAACGAUGUGCCCAACAUUGUCUUCUCUUCCUCGGCGACCGUCUACGGUGAUGCCACCCGUUUCGAGAACAUGAUUCCCAUCCCCGAGCAUUGCCCGAUUGGCCCCACCAACACAUACGGCCACACCAAGGCCUUUGUCGAACAGGUCAUCACCGAUCACAUCAAUGCCGAGCGCAACAAGCUGAAGAAGGCCGGCAAGUCCUACGAGCAGUUCAACGGUGCUCUUCUGAGAUACUUCAACCCCUGCGGUGCCCACCCCUCUGGCCUCAUGGGCGAGGACCCCCAGGGCGUCCCCUACAACCUGCUGCCUCUGCUCGGCAAGGUCGCUACCGGUGACCGCGACAAGCUCCUCGUCUUCGGCGACGACUACUCUUCAAGAGACGGUACUGCCAUUCGUGACUACAUCCACGUUGUCGACUUGGCCAAGGGUCACCUGAGCGCCCUUAACUACCUCCGCGAGAACAAGCCCGGUGUCAAGGCCUGGAACCUCGGUUCCGGCCGCGGCAGCACCGUCUUCGAGAUGAUCAAGGCCUUCAGCCACGUCGUCGGCCGCGAUCUGCCCUACGACGUUGUCCCCAGACGCCAGGGCGACGUCCUCGACCUGACUGCCAACCCGUCUUUGGCCAACAAGGAGCUCAACUGGAAGACUGAGGAGACAUUGGAGAAGGCCUGCGAGGAUCUCUGGCGCUGGGUCAGCAACAACCCCAAGGGUUACCGCCAGGAUCCUCCCCCUGAGCUCCUCGCCAACGCCAAGCCCACGAGCGGUUAAGCAAGGGGGGACGAAAUGUGUCGGAGCAUCAGCCAUAUCUUGAAAAAAGAAAAAGGAAAAGUUUGGUUGCUUAUCAUAGAUGAUGAUAGAAUUAGUGCUAUUCGCAGCGAGAGCCAUGAUACGACGACCGCCAUAGAGAAGAUUUAAUUUAAAAAGAAAAAAAAA